UGAAACAAAGAUGGAUUCACAUUAAAAAUUUUUUCGUACGAAAUAUUUUACCAAAAAUAAUGGCUAUUAAACGUGAAAAACCUGAAAAAACUCUCAAAAAAUCAAUCGUAACUGCAAGUGAAGUAAAUUUGUGUGCUCGAAAUUGUGAAAAUCGUAAAAAUAACGCAAAAAUCGUGAAAAAUUUGUUUUUUGACGCAACAACCUUUCGUUUUCGUCGAAUCAGUAGCAGCAGUAGAAAUAUCACGAAGAACAAGUUAUUAACCAGUAGACACAAAAAUCGCAGAGACGUUCAAGGACAAAUUCAAACAGUGAAAAAAAGAGACUUUUUGCGAAAAAAUCAAAACUUAUUAGUGACUGGAACGCGAUUGUGGUUUCCAAAAUGACAUAAGGACAAAUUAUAAAAAAUGUGAACAUUAAAAAAAUAUUUUUAGUCAAAACAAAAAAAAAAUCGUUGAAUCAUUAAAUUGCAAAACACACACAAAAAAAAAGUUAAAUUAAAUUUCAAUAAUUUUUUCCGCUUCGCAAAUGGAUACAACGACACUCCGACAACGUUCAGCGUUCAUGACGUCGUUUCCAGGUCGCAAGGGAAUUUUCAACAGUCCUUUCGCCGCCGUCAAUCAUCGUAAUUUUGCCACUUCAUCAUCAGCGAACGCGUUGCCUUAUCUGGGCGUCGUUCACGAUUCGUCAGCUGACACGGUUCAAGGUCAUCAUCCGCAACAGCAGUCCGACUCAAAAAGCGAUAUGGGAGGAUUAGUGUCGAUUUUGGGGAGUCUUCCAUUAGUUGGGGUCGUGCAAAAACUUUUUACAAGCUUUUUUUCGCCCGCCGCCUCGCCAGAAAAAUCAAAAAUGGAAGAAAAUCGCGAAUCACCAAAGAAAUGCUCGCCCGCCAGUGACGAGCCAAUGAGCAUUUCGACGUACAUCAAAAAUCUAGAGACAAACUGUGAUAAUUGUGGCGACAGAGACGCCCUGCCACGCAAGCGAACCACCACACAGGGCUUCGUAACGGUGCUGCAACCGCCUACGGCUGCCCAAAAACGUGCCUCGCCCUUCAACCCGAACCAUUUCUACCACAAAAGCAAGGUGGCGGAGAAAAAUCGGCUGGAAAAGCAACGUCACAACAUCCGGUGCGACAUCCACGACGAUUUUGAUGCCAUUAGCAGUGGCGACGACGACGAUUUCGACCCGAUUACGGACGAAACGCAGUUCGCCAGCUUCGAAAUUGCCGCAGGAAUCUCCCCGAAACUCACAGUUGUCUACAAAUCUAGUCCCGAUGCCAAGAAAUCAUCGCCAAACGGAUUUAUUUUCUCGCUCGAAGACUUUCCCGUGAUCCCGGAACGGCGCAACUCGAUGAAAGGCAGUCCGAAACGCACGCCCGUGGCGAAAGCGAGCUGUUAUCGACGCCAGGACAGCUUGAGCUCCGCUACCGAUGACGAUUUUGUCGUUUUUGAUCAUGAUUCGGUGCAAAAUACGCCGAGCUCGGGUACGGGACAACAACCGUCGCUCAAGUCGUUGUUGAUCAAUCGACUGAAAUGUCGUCAGCGGCAAAUUUCCGAGUGCAGCGACGAUAGUUGUGUCAUCUUUUUCGACCACGAUGGGCAAUCCGAUUGUUGGAGUGACGAGGAUUUGUCGGAAGCUGAAGAGGCGGACGAGACUUCGAGCGAUGAUGAUGAAGAUGAUGACUCCGUAGACACCUUAGAUGCGAAUCGGCAACCAGAUAGUGGCUUUGAUGAACACGAGAAAAAAGUCCGUUUCAACCUCAAACCAGAAGUGCAUGUGAUGCGAACGUGGGACUAUGCCUAUCGCCGAGCACGAGUGGGUCCCUGGGAAUGCUGUGCACGCGAUCGAGAACGCUUCAACAAACGGAUCGCCGACACGGAGAAACAAAUUUCGCAUGUUUUUGCGCCGGAACAUCGUCAACGCAUCUACGAGGAGCGAUUUUCAGCUGUGAAUUAAUUGAUUUUUGACUUGAGACAAAUGCAAAAAUAUGAUUUAACGUUUUUAUUUAUCCGCGAGGUCACAUUUAAACCUAGUUAACACACAUAAUUUAAUCUUUAAAGGGAAAUUUAUUUAGUUUUAGUUUAAAUUUAUCAUUAUUCAAUCCAAUUAAAUGAAGAAAAAAAAUCUAAAAAUAUGAAAUAAUCUAAUUUGAAUAAAAAUUUUAAUAGAAAUCGUAAGUUUUUAUCAUGAAGACCCAAAAAACGCACCACAGAAAAAUUGAAAAAAAACCACAAAUCCAAAUUUUAUCCGUAAGAUUAUUCUGAAUUUAUAGUUAAUUGCAUGAAAAUUGCUGUAAAUUACUUGUAAAUGUUGUAAAUUUAAGAAA